AUGGCCGAUGACUUGAGCCGCGACGAUGCCGUAGUCCACGAGCAGCUGCUCCUGGCCCGCAAGUGGCAGCCCGCGGGUUGGAAGGACGGCCGGAUGGAGGCACAAGGCGAGACGCAAGCGAAGGACGCCGACUUCUUGAUUUCUUUUGCCAGCCCCGACAGCGGGCCGAACAACAAGAUCUUGCACCGGCUGAAGGAAGGCGUGCUCUUCGACGGAAAGACCCGGCCCGUGAGAUUCUGCACCGACCGCAGCUUGGGCAUGGGCGUGCACGUCGUGCCGGGGAAGGCAUCGCAGCGAUGGGAUCCGAAGUACAGCAACCUCGAGGACCCCCGGCAACCCGGCGACUUUCCGAACUGGUUCAAGCACUACAAGGAGGCAGCCGAGGAGACCAAGCACGGCAUCCUCAUUCUGCAGCUGACGGAAAGCUACUUCAAGUUCGUGUCUCAGGUGUCGAAAGCCUGCCGCUGGGAGUUCGGCUACAUACGGAAGCCCGAGCUCGUUCACCUCUUCGUUGACAGCGAGGACGGACCUCAAAUCGUCCACUGGCAGGACUUGAUGCAGGAUGCAGAUCUGUGCAGUCGGGCAUUUGGGGUCCAAGGAGCCAGUCCGCAAGCCUUGCAGCAGGCAGCCGACAUCAUGGUUUCUGAGUCCGUGAAGACCGAUUUGGUACACGAGACAGUGGCUGCUGCCGCGAAGUUAGUGGAAGAACAAGAGUACCAGGCGUGGUGUGCGCUGCCACUUCGCGAGGUGGCGUAUGUGCUGACCCGGAACCAAGAGAAGACGGCAGAUGGCAUCGUGGCUGCUAACGAGCUGCUUGCGGUGUACCUGCGCACUGGGCAGGCCCACAAAGCGGCACAGCUGGGUGCCCGACUGCUGGAGGUGGUGGAGGAGUUGCAUGGGCCGGAGGAG